CUGACUCUCAGUCAGUGUCUAUGAUUAUGACUGCAAAUCAUAAUCUGUAUUCACUAUUGUCUCAUCACUAUUACUAUUACUAUUAACUAUAACUAUAGUUGUAUUCAUUGUAUUCAUUACAGUAUAUUCAUUACAGCAAAGGCUAACACUAUUGACAGUUGACUCACACACUCACCUCACUGUCAGAGUGCAUGCAUUUGACACACCAUUGAGUCGUGUCUUCACUUACAGCUCACUAUCCAUACACUCGUCCGGCAUAUCACACAAUCACUGGUCACUCAUGUCUUCAUCUCAUGGGCGUGAGACGACUACAUCCAGAGGUGGCCCCACAUCCGCAUCCGAUGGCAGAGGAAGGGGUUUACGAAGAGGUAGUGGUGGCCGAGGAGGUGGUGACUACAGAGGUGGCCAUCGCGGCGGUGGUGACUAUAAAGGUGGUGGUGGCUAUCGAGGUGGUGGUGCCCAGAGAGGGGGUGUUCGCCGAGAGCUACCAGACGUUCGCCAAUUGGCUGAAGAGAUGACAAAACUCGAGAUAACAAAACAGAGGCCACACGGGAAGGAAGGCCUACCGAUCGAGUUGAUCGCCAAUCACUACCCGAUUAGCUUUGACGACAUGUCUUGCUUUCAUUACGACAUCGAUAUACGUCUGAUGCGAUCGGAUGGCAGAGGAUAUAUAGAGAUGACUCCGAGAGAAACGGAACGGAAGCUGAGGAAUGACUCGAAAAUGGAUAACAUUAGAGUUGUCCAGAAGAUGGCCAAAGAGUGGCCACAAGUGUUCGACAAGAAGUUGUAUGCUUUCGACGGCCAAAAGAACUUAUACUGCGGUCAGAAGCUGUCGGUGCCAUCGGAAGCGGCCACACGAGAGGUGACCAUUCAAUUGGAUGGCUUUCAAGAGCAACGGUUUGAAGUGAAGAUCCAAUUGGUUGGAAGUGUGUCUAUGAGUCCAAUCAAUGAGUUCUUCGGCGGACGGCUUGUGAAUGCGCGGGCGGAACAGUUUCGCGAAGCCAUUCAAGUGCUGGAGAUAGUGAUCCGGUAUAUGCCGUCCCAACUUCGAGUGCCUGUCUUUCGAAGUCUGUACUCCACUGAAGACCGCUCUGCCAUUCCUGGCAACGCUGAGAUCGGGUUCGGUCACUACCAGUCCGUCCAAAUGACCGAAUCCGGACUCACUCUCAACAUUGACAGAGCGGCCACUCUUUUCAGAAGUGCCGGCUCUUUGAAUGCGUUCAUUGGACGCGAACUCGUCGUCCAAGACCUAAAUGGAGUGAAUUUCACGGAUCAGGUCAUCACCAGAAUUAAUGCCAAAAUUAAGGGUUUGAAAAUAUUCACAAAUCAUAUAUUAAAUCAAAAGCGCCGGUAUUUCAUUGAAAAGAUGAGUGCAUUGACCCCUGAAAAGGCCACUUUUAAAGUGAAAGACCCGGAGGGAAACACUGUGAACACAACUGUGCAAAAGUAUUUCAAGGAUCAGUACGACAAAGAGAUUCUUCUGUCAAAUAUACCCGUUAUUAUAGUAAAGGGCGGAACGGUAGACAAUCCACGGUAUCUUCCUGUGGAGCUCUGCCACGUCUAUCCCGACCAACCCGUCCCCAAGAGGCUCAUCACCCCUAACAUGACCCGUGAGAUAGUAAGUGUGGCUAACAGUCAAUUCCCUUCACAACGGUUUGGCUUAAUUCAAGAAUCGGCCCAAACGGUGGAGAAAGAGAGCAGUGAAUUGAUGGCUAGUUUUGGCAUUAAUUUGCAUUUAAAGCCAACAAAAUUGAAGGGACGAGUGUUGGCGGCGCCUAAACUGGAGGGCAAUCAGAGGAGAUUGAAAUCCGGCAAAAGUCUAACCAAAUAUAUGUUCUUUAACUUAUCUCUCGCUGUUAACCCUAAUUGGAGACAACUUUUCAACUCAUUCUUUAACGAAUUGAUAGCUACCGGUGAGGGUAUGGGUGUUGGCAUUAAAAAGGUUGAUGCCAUGGCUACCCCUCCUCCACAGCAACUCAAAUCGGGUCCUUACAAGUCAAUGGACACGGUAGGGUCGGCCCUCAAAAUGGCUGCCAAUAAUAGCUGUCAAAUGGUAUUCUUUUGUGUCCCAAAACACGAUGAGAUCUAUUAUGCCGUCAAAUACUUCGGAGACAUUGUAUACGGAGUGCCGACGCAAUGCAUUUUGGACACCAACUUCAUGACUACCCCUCGCGGAUACUUCCAGAAUAUAUUGUAUAAGAUUAACGCCAAACUCGACGGUCAGAAUCAGGUGUUAAGUGCUCCCCAAAGACCCGACAAGUUUACACGAGAUGUGCUAACAAUGAUUAUCGGCGUCGAUGUCACACAUCCGGGCACUAAUCCAUUGGCCAAUGAAAAGGUGAUCUCAUCCAUAGCCGCAUCGGUGGCCAGUUUUGACUCGGAUUUUAGUAAAUAUAUGGCAACUAUUGCCGCUCAACCCAUGAAUACUGAAAUUGUGGGCAAUUUUGACCAGAUGUUUGUCAAACAAUUGCAAUUCUUUUACACUAAAAAUGGGCGACAAUUCCCCCGAAGUGUGAUUCUCUUCCGCGAUGGCGUAUCUGAAGGACAGUUCUCUCAAGUCAUAGAUAAUGAGAUACCACUCAUUGGAAAAGCUUUUCGAUCGGUUGGAGCUAAAGAGCCAAAGAUCACUGUAUUUGUGGUGCAAAAGCGUCAUCACACGAGACUCAUGCCAUUGGUUCCCAAAUUCAAUGAUAAGGGACGGGAAAUACGUAACAUCCCGGCGGGAACUGUGGUCGACCACACCAUUACUAAUCCACUGAAUAGGGAGUUCCACUUAUGUUCACACGAGGGUCUUCUGGGCACUUCACGUCACGCCAAAUACCAGUGCCUUCGCGAUGACCACAAAUUUUCCGAAGACGACAAACAAAAGCUUUCGUUUUACUUGUGCCACACGUACUGCCGGUGCACUAAAUCCAUAUCCAUUCCCACACCUGUAAUGUACGCACAUUUGGCCGCAUUUCGAGCCAAACAACACAUCGCCGCCCAAAACAUCCGCUUUGAAGAGAAGGUCUCCGGAGAGAGUCGGGAGGAUAAGGAGGCGCGAGAGAUACGCAACAUCUCAGCACUCAAUGAAAAGAUUAUUGUGAACCCAAAUCUCGUCAGUCAAACGACGAGUGGUUUUAACUUUGAAUUGACUUCAGAGCAGAAAUCACUGCAAGAAUUGGCCCAAAAGUUCACCAAAGAGGAGAUCAUCCCUCGGGCCGCACAUUACGACCAAACGGGUGACUUUCCCUGGGAUCUCGUCAAACAGGCACAUGAAUUGGGUCUUAGGAAUGGUGGUGUUCCCACUGAAUACGGGGGAUUGGGUCUCAGUCUAUUUGAUUCGUGUCUAUUAGGUGAGGCAUUGAGCUAUGGGUGCAGUGGGAUCGGCACAGCCAUUGGGUCCAGUGCUCUGCCACAGGCGCCGAUCAUUAUGUUUGGAAAUGAUGUCCAGAAAAAGGAAUAUUUGGGACGAAUGACCGGUUCAGAGGUGUUGUGUGCGGCCUAUUGUGUGACAGAGCCGGGCACUGGUAGUGAUGUGGCGGGUGUUAAGACACAUGCCGUCAAGAAUAAAGACGGAGAUUAUGUUCUCAAUGGCCAGAAGAUGUGGAUCACGAGUGCGGGGGUCGCCAACUGGUACUUCGUGUUGGCGCGCACUGACCCCAACCCCAAAGUGAAAACGAGUAAAGCUUUCACGGGUUUGAUCGUUGAGGCGAACAGUGCGGGUGUAGUGCCCGGACGUAAGGAAGACAUGUUGGGUCAGAGGGCGUCCGACACGAGGGGAGUGAGCUUUGAGAAUGUGGUCGUCCCUAAG